AUGAAAACAACAAAAAAUCUACUUUUGGCCUGCACCGCAAGUGUGGCCACCAUUAAACUACCCUUGUUAAUUGAAAAACUACAAAAUUUGGAUACGGAAUUUAAUUUUAAUAUUAAAGUAAUUUUAACCGAGCAUGCCAAACAUUUUGUCAAUGCCACCGAUUUACCACCCAAUGUUCAAAUACUCGAUGACCAAUGUGAAUGGUCAGCCUGGAAUAAACGUGGUGAUCCUGUUGUACAUAUAGAUUUAGGAAAAUGGGCUGAUAUGCUGGUAAUUGCGCCGCUGAGUGCAAAUUCAUUGGCAAAAAUUGCAGUUGGUCUCUGCGAUAAUCUCUUACUGUGUGUGGUACGGGCAUGGGAUUUUACAAAACCUCUACUCUUCUGCCCGGCCAUGAAUACGCGCAUGUUUGAUCAUCCCAUAACUGCGGAGCAUAUUAAUAAAUUAAAAUCAUGGGGCUAUCAUGAGGUGCCGACGGUAUCCAAAACAUUGAUGUGUGGCGAUACGGGUAAUGGUGCAAUGGCUGAGGUAGAAACAAUUAUUGAAAAUAUUUUAUGUAAAUUACGUGCUAUGUAA